UGAAGCUCCUAUGGAGUAAUUUUUGUCGAUUAGAUAACUAUCAUCCUACGAUGCAAUCUUUAUUUGCUUUUCUCGUCACCGUCUUUUUCCUGUAAUCCUAUCUUAUCUUCCUUAAUCACAAUUUACACAGCAUUGAACUUCUCCAUCGAUUCAGUAUUUUUAUGCUUUCGAUCACCUGUUUUCAUCCAUUUGUGUGUGAAAUGUGUGAAAAUUGCAAUGCCCAGAAUUUCCAGAAUCAAAGACUUUCUUUUACUCCUCUUUGCUCUCCUCAUUUUCCACCUCCUUUUCCUCCUCCACCACCCCUUCACCCUCCUACCACCACUACAGCCACCUCCGACCAUCUCACUUUCCUUCUCCCACCACCUUCUCUUCUCCAUCUCCUCCUCCUCCACCUCCCUCCCCCACCGCACCCCCUACAUCCACCUCUGGUUCUCCCCCAACUCCACCCCAAACACUUACCUUUUUCUGGAUAAGAAUCCCCUGUUCACGCUAUCAUCAACCCUCUCCCUGCCUCCAGUCUUUCUCUCUUCUGACACUUCCCACUUCCCCUACACCUUCCCUAGAGGCAACCCUUCUGCCAUUAGGAUUGCUUACACAGUGAAAGAUGUUUUCACCCUCCUCAAGCCCCCUCCCCAUGUCAGAUGGUUCGUCUUCUGUGAUGAUGAUACCGUGUUUUUUCCCCGUAAUUUGGCGCUUGUUUUGUCUAAAUAUGAUCAUAAUCAGUGGUUUUAUGUUGGGUUUGGCUCAGAAAGUUAUGAGCAGAAUCAGAAAUUUUCUUUUGAUAUGGCCUUUGGAGGUGGAGGAUUUGCAUUGAGUGCACCUUUAGCAAGGGUUUUAGCUGAGGUUUUGGAUUCUUGCUUGACUCGGUACCCUCAUUAUUAUGGGAGUGAUCAGAGGAUUUUUGCUUGCUUGGCUGAGUUGGGAGUUCCUUUAACUCGCGAACCUGGGUUUCAUCAGAUUGAUGUUCGAGGAGAUCUGUUUGGCAUGCUCGCGGCACAUCCAUUAUCGCCUCUUUUGUCACUGCAUCAUAUGGAUGCUGCGGACCCUAUCUUUCCCGGCAUGAACAGGAUUCAGGCUCUGCAGCAUCUUUUCAAAGCUGUGAAUGCUGAUUCUCCAAGGAUUUUGCAGCAAACUGUCUGCUAUGAGCCCUUCAAUUCAUUAACUGUCUCCAUAUCAUGGGGUUUUGCUGUUCAAGUUUUUGAAGGACGUCAGCUCCUUCCAGAUCUUAUCUCAUUGGAGAGAACCUUUAGGCCUUGGGGUAGGACUAGAAGUGUCUAUUCUAGCCAUUUUAUGUUUAACAUAAGAGAAACUCCUAGGGAUCAGUGCAAAAGGCCAGUCGUCUUUUUCAUGGAUAGUGUUGCUUCUAAAGAUAGCAGUGUUUGGACCAACUAUACUAAACAUAAUAUAGGAAGUUGUGUGAGGAUUAAUGCAGUACAGAAACUGGAAACCAUCAGGGUUUUCUCGAAGAUGAUGGACUAUGAUAUUGAGGAGUUGAAGGCACCUCGACGUCAGUGUUGUGACAUUUUAUCACCGAUUGAUGAGACAAUGACUAUUUAUAUUAGAGAAUGCAGAAAUGGUGAAGUCAUUUCCAUGCCAAGAUAGACUUAUCUUAUAACCCAAUUCUGACACGGUGGAAUUGACAAUUUACCUGGAAAGUUAGAAUUAUGUGGUCUUCUCUUCUCAAAAGAAUUCUGUUUCAUAUAUAAGUGCUUUGCCCAGCCCUGAAGGUAAAAGCCACUGUUAGUAGUGACCCUACGAUGUAAGUUGAAAUUUUUCGACAAUUAUGUACUUGCUACUUCAUAACUUGUCAUGCAACGAUAUCGUGGAUGAGGACAUUGGCAAGAUAAACAGCUUUUUGAGGGCACAAAAUCAGUAUGUGCUGUAUUGUCAAAGACCAUCGUUCAUGCUCGGCUAAAAGCUUUCUUAGAUCUACCUGCACAUCUCUAGCAAGUUCAGAUUUUCUCAACUAAAAGAUCGAGCAUAGGCUUCUUCCAUUUUUCAUUUUUCCGCGUUGCUUUGGAUCAUCUCUUUUCCA